ACAGUGACGUCAGUGGCGUGUAUAUAGCUUGUUGCGCGUGAGUUUCAUAAAUAGUCGUCAAAAAGACGUUCUAAACACCCCUCGGGAACCGUGCUAGCAGGCUUAGGAGCCGGCUUGGAAGGUAUAAGGACGUCACGAUGAGUUACGCUGCUGCUGAGACGGUGGCUCAAGCCAGCACUUGGGGUGCUUCAAGCCUCUUCUAUGUGCUUCUGGUGCCGGCGGUUGUCCUCUGGUACGCCUACUGGCGUAUGUCCAGACGGCAUCUCUAUGAAUUAGCUGACAAAAUUGCGGGACCAAAGGGCUUACCUUUGAUUGGAAAUGCCCUGGAUUUUACUGGUGGAUCUGAUGACAUUUUCAAACGAAUUAUAAAACGUAGUGAAGAGUUCUCGGACAGCAUCAUUAAAGUAUGGAUUGGACCACGUCUUUUGGUCUUCUUGUAUGACCCAAGUGAUGUUGAGCUCAUCUUGAGCAGCCACGUUCACAUUGAUAAGGCAGAUGAAUACAAAUUCUUCAAGCCCUGGCUCGGAGAUGGUCUACUUAUCAGUACUGGUCAAAAAUGGCGUUCUCACAGAAAACUCAUUGCUCCCACCUUCCAUUUGAACGUAUUGAAGAGUUUUAUCGAUCUAUUCAACGCCAACUCGAGAGCUGUUGUUGACAAGCUCAAAAAAGAAACUGGAGAAUUCGACUGUCACGACUACAUGAGUGAAUGCACUGUGGAAAUUUUACUUGAAACCGCUAUGGGUGUAAGUAAAAGUACGCAGGACCGAAGCGGAUUCGAAUACGCCAUGGCUGUUAUGAAAAUGUGUGAUAUACUCCAUUUGAGACAUACCAAGAUAUGGCUGAGACCGGAUCUCCUAUUUAACUUUACUCAGUAUGCCAAAUUGCAGAACAAUCUUCUUGACAUCAUUCAUGGAUUGACCAAAAAGGUUAUCAAGAGGAAGAAGGAAGAGUUCAAAUCAGGGAAGAAACUAGCUUCUUUCGAGAGCGAAGUUGCUGAACCUUCAGAUCCCGUCAAAAAUACCCAAACCACAUCCGUCGAAGGUCUUUCCUUCGGUCAGUCCAGUGGACUGAAGGAUGAUUUGGAUGUUGACGAUGAUGCCGCUGUUGGACAAAAGAAACGUCUAGCUUUCCUCGACCUUCUAUUGGAAAGUGCUCAGGGUGGAGUUGUUAUUUCUGACGAAGAAAUCAAAGAACAAGUCGACACUAUUAUGUUUGAGGGUCAUGAUACUACCGCUGCUGGUAGCAGUUUCUUCCUAUCAGCAAUGGGUAUCCAUCAAGAUAUCCAAGACAAAGUAGUUGAAGAACUGGACAAUAUUUUCGGAGACUCCGACCGUCCAGCCACUUUCCAGGAUACAUUGGAGAUGAAAUACUUGGAACGUUGCUUGAUGGAAACCCUUCGUAUGUUCCCACCUGUACCCAUUAUUGCCCGGCAACUGAAACAAGAUGUCACUAUGCCAUCCAGUGGCAAGGUGGUGCCUUCUGGUACUACCGUCAUUGUUGCUACCUACAAGCUUCACCGACGUGCAGACAUCUACCCCAACCCAGACAAAUUCGACCCUGACAACUUCUUGCCUGAACGUUCAGCUAACCGUCACUACUACGCUUUUGUACCUUUCUCUGCUGGACCCAGGAGUUGUGUAGGCCGCAAGUACGCCAUGUUGAAGUUGAAGAUCAUUCUGUCGACAAUUUUGAGGAACUUCCGCGUUCACUCCGACCUUAAAGAAUCUGAUUUCAAACUGCAGGCCGAUAUCAUCUUAAAACGAGCUGAAGGCUUCAAGGUACGACUGACGCCCCGCAAGCGAAUGACCAAAGCAUGUUAGUAAAUGAAAUAGGUACUUACUGAAAUAAUAGGUACAUAAUUUUAACUGUAGGAAAUGUGCACAUUUUUGCAGUACAUAUGUAUCUUUACAUGCAUUUGUGAAACCAGUACUGACUAAAUUAUUGUUAAUUUUGUUAUUUAUAAAUAUGAAGAAAUAAUCUGGGUGGCAGAUUUAUAAUGGGAUGAUCAGGUGCAAGUAACUUAAUAUUGCUCAAUCGUGUUAGCAUUAUAUUAAUAUUAAUUAGAGUUGUAAAUAGUGGUACAUAAUGUCUAUGCAAAUCGGAAUGUUUUGAUGCAAUAAAUGGAUAUUAAUUAAA